CUCUCAUUUCCUGGACAGCUCGUCUUCAGUUUAGGAAACAAGGACUCAUUAAUCAUGAAGUUCAUCAUUCUUACUUGCCUUUUGGCUGUUGCUCUUGCAAAGCAGGAGUCCAAGGAUAACUCUCAAGAAGACUUUAAGCAGACUGUGGAUGUGGUCAUUUUCCCUGGUCAGGAAACCGUAAAGAACAUUCCCAUUCCCCAAAUGGAAUCUGUUGAAGCUCCCAUAAAGAACAAAUGCUACCAAUCCAUUCAGACGUUCAAACCACCACAAGCCCUCAAGGGUCUUUAUCAAUAUCACAUGGCUAAGAAUCCAUGGGGCUAUACUGUGAACCGUGCCUUCCCCUCCACUCGCACUCUGCAAUACAACCAGAAAACGAUGGACCUGAGCAUGCGUGCCAGAGAGAAAAUCGUGAUGUCUGAAAUAAAAAAGAACAUCCAAGACUACGUGACCAAAAUGAAACAAUACAGCAAGAUCACCUGGCCACGGUUUGUAAAGUCUCUCCAGCAAUACCAGAAAACUAUGAACCCGUGGAGCUGUUACCCAUAUACCCUCCUCCAGGUUUGAGUGGAAAAUCCACAUCUCCACUUCCUUUUCUAUCCUAAUUACUUCUCAGUACCAACAUAUCGGGACAGAUGUACAAAUGAUACAGAAAUGUGGAACCGAAGGAAUCUUGUAUAUUUAAAUUGAAUGCAUUAAGUCUACACGUGGGUUUCAUCACUGCAGGGCUGAUGACUACUAAGGAAGGUUUCCCCUCUGCUCCUGUGUCACUGAACUACAUCCUUUUCAAAAAAUAAAAUAUCAAGUGC